AUGAAGUGCAGACGAACACUACUCCAACAAUUGGAAGGAACCAGUAGAGUACCGUUAUGGUCGUCAUCAACACCACUAUCUUUAAGACCUCGGUGUCGAGCUCAAGUAGCGUCUGCAGCAACAAGUCGUCGUACAACAUAUCAACCAAAAAGAACAUAUGCUUCAUUGUCAGCUUCUGAACUUCAAUUUGGUCAACCUGUUCAUGAAACCCAUCCUCAUUUAUUGAAUGCCGGAGAAGUUACUCCAGGUAUUACCGCCCAAGAAUAUGCGAAUCGUCGAGCAGAGUUCGCGGCAAAGCUACCUCCAAAUGGAAUUGCUAUCUUGAGAGGAGCAGAUAUAAAGUAUCGAUCUGGGGCUGUAUUCUAUGAAUUUCAUCAACAAUCAAACUUCUUUUACCUCACCGGAUUCAAUGAGCCGGAGGCGAUUGCAGUGAUACAAAGACUGGAGUCCUCAGAAUUCAUAUUUCACCUGUUCGUUAGACCUAAAGAUGCACAGGCAGAACUUUGGGAUGGUGCUAGAUCAGGAGAACAAGCAGCUUUGGAUGUUUUCAACGCGGAUGAAUCGGGAGAUAUCAAUCAAGCACACGUUCUUCUAAAGCCACUCAUUGAAGGAGCUAGUGAAGUUUUUAUGGAUAUCCAUGAGUCCGCCACAAAGCAAGUUGACUUUAAGAAAUUAUUACACAGGGCUAAAAACCCGACACUACUUGAGCCAUUGAUGAACGAAUUGAGGGCCAUCAAGAGUAAAGGAGAAAUCGAAAAUAUGCGGAAGGCAGGCAAAAUCUCUGGGAGGUCCUUUACAAAUGCUAUGCGGCGACAAUGGACCGAAGAGAAACAUCUUGGUGCCUUCCUGGAGUAUGAUUUCAAGAUAGGAGGUUGUGAGAAGAGUGCUUAUGUCCCAGUCAUUGGAGGUGGAAAAAACGCUCAGAGCAUACAUUACGUUUCCAACAACGAUAUUCUACGAGAUGGCGAGCUUGUCCUCGUAGAUGGCGGUGGACAAUACGGCGGAUACAUUGCGGAUAUCACUCGAACAUGGCCUAUUAAUGGCAAAUUCUCGGAUGCCCAGAAGGAUCUUUACGAAGCAAUUUUAAGAGUACAACGAACCAGCAUCGCUUUAUGCAGAGAGAGCGCGAAUAUGACGCUGGACAAACUACACACCGUUACCAGAAAUGGUCUCACUGACCAAUUGAAACAAUUGGGAUUCGAUAUGUCUGGAAAUGCCAUCGAUACUCUGUUUCCUCACCACGUCGGUCAUUACAUUGGACUUGAUGUUCACGAUGUUCCAGGCUAUUCUCGAAGCAAACCUCUCAAGGAAGGACAUUGCAUUACGAUUGAGCCGGGAAUUUAUGUACCAAACGAUGAGCGUUGGCCAGCACAUUUCAGGGGAAUGGGUAUUAGGAUUGAGGAUAGUGUUUGCGUGCAGGAUGAUACGCCACUAGUUUUGACUACCGAGGCAGUAAAGGAGGUUGUAGAUAUCGAAGCUUUACGCGAUUGA